ACUAAAAAAUAAAUAAGUUAAAUAGAAAAAGUAUAAAAAAAAAAAAAAAAAAAAAACAGUUCCCAUUUGCUUCGUUUCACAUUAUGAUAUUUGAAAAAAAAAAAUGUAUAUGAAGCUGAAAGAACGAACUUAUUCUUGCCGAACAUAACGUAACUUAAGCUAACAUAAAACAAGUUAACCUAACCUAAAACUACCUAACUCAACCUAAACUAACCUAACCUAACCUAACCUAAAACUACCUAACCUAACCUAACCUAACCUAACCCAACCUAACCUAACCUAACCUAACCGAACCUAACCUAAAACUACCUAUCCAAACCUAACCUAACCUAACCUAACCUAACCUAACCUAAAACUACCUAACCUAACCUAACCUAACCUAACCUACCUAACCUAACCUAACCUAACCUAACCUAACCUACCUAACCUAACCUAACUUAACCUAACCUAACCUAACCUAACCUAAUCUAACCUAAUCUAACCUAACCUAACCUAACCUAACCUAAAACUACCUAACCUAACCUAACCUAACCUAACCUAACCCAACCUAACAUGAUCUAACCUAAUUGAACAUAACACACAAUCUGACCUAACCUAACUUAACAUAGCUUGACCUAACAUAAAACAACCUGAUCUGACUUAAUCUAACCUAACAUACGUAACACAAAGCAACAUCACCUAACUUAACGUAACUUAACAUCGUUCAGUUUAAUCUAACCUAAAUUAACCUGAUGUAACCGCCCUUCAGAUAACCUAAUAAUUUAGCGUAGUUCAAUCUAAUCUAAUCAACCGAACCUAAUCUAACAAAUUCUAACCUAACCUAACUUAACCUAACAAAUUCCAACCUAACCUAACCUAACAAAUUUUAACCUAACCUAACUUAACCUAACAAAUUCUAACCUAACCUAACUUAACCUAACAAAUUCUAACCUAACCUAACUUAACCUAACAAAUUCUAACCUAACCUAACCUAACAAAUUCUAACCUAACCUAACCUAACAAAUUCUAACCUAACCUAACUUAACCUAACAAAUUUUAACCUAACCUAACCUAAGCUAACCUAACAAAUUCUAACCUAACUUAACCUAACUUAACAAAUUCUAACCUAAUCUAACCUAACCUAACCUAACGCAAAAACUGAAUAGCUAAGAAAGAAAUAAAACAAAAAAAAUGAAAAUAAAAUGAUAUUCAGGAAGACAAAUUUUCGAAGCACACGAAGGAAACGAAACUUCUCUACUCGAGCCUUUUCAAAUAAAGCAACGUUCGGAGCUUCUCAAAGUUAGGAAUACACUUAUAACUUUCUCGCAGCUGUGUCUCUGUCUUAACUUCGAAGUAGAGAGAGAGAGAGAGAGAGAGAAGCUGCGAGUGUCUCCAGCUGACGGUAAGAGUUGUGGAAGAACGGAAGAAGAGGGGGAGAGGGGAUGGGGGAUGGGGAAAGGGAGGAGGAAAUUGGGGGAAAGAGGAAGAAGGUGGGAGGGAAAGUCUGAGACACAGCACUUGUUUCCUCCUCCUCCUCCUCCUCUUCCUCUUCCUGUUUUAGUUUCCAUCUGUUUCCGAGAGCUCAGAAGAGACGUGUGUGUGUGUGUGUGUGUGUGUGUGUGUGUGUGUGUGUGUGUGUGUGUGUGAUACCAUUGGAACUUUUGUUUUAACGCAUGUGAUUUAUCUAAGAUGGAUUGAUGAUGAUGGUGAUGGUGAUGAUGAUGAUGAUGAUGAUGAUGGUGAUGCUGAUAAGAAUAUAAAGUUGUCACUAAACAAACGAAAAAAAAAUAAUCAUACUGCGCUAGAGAGAGAGAGAGAGAGAGAGAGAGAGAGAGAGAGAGAGAGAGAGAGAGAGAGAGAGAGAGAGAGAGAGAGAGAAUUAGCUUUGGCCACUGAGGAAGAAGAUGAGUGGCGGCUACAAGUAACAAGGUGGAGACAGGUGAGUUAGACACACGUGAUAAGCAAUACCUGUCCUGGCGAGGCAGCGGGAUAGACUGACUCACUCCAUUAAUCCACCUUCAGAACGCUAGAACAAAGGCAAACGAGAAAAGCUGCUCCACCAGGCCUCCACGCGGCAGUCCCCUGUGUAACGCGUAAUCCACCUAUCGUAACCCUUUCCCAUAAAGUCAAUGUAUAAAGUCUUUAUAAACGCCAGCAAGAAAGAAAGGGAUGAGAAUGAUAUAUUUUGCACUUUCUAGUCAACUUAAUGGUUUAAUGUUUAGAGGUGGCUGCAGCGUGGAACAAGAGGAAAUGUUUCAGAGUGCUUAGUGGUUAAAGAAAGAUGUAUCAAAUAACAAUGAAAGGGUUAAUCCAUAAGUCUAUCUCCUCUCUUAAAUCACUUUGUUCUCUUUAUAUACCAGGCAGUCAGCACCAGUCAUGAGCACCUCAGCACCAUUACACCACUGAAAUCUUUGUGUAUUAAACCUUCAGCACCUCUCAUGGCCUCGCUACACAAGAGUUUCCCUAAUUCUCACUCUUGUUCUUUGGUCUGCUUCCGUUAGAGAUCGCCAGAGUGUAUCAGCCUUGUCCAGUGUCCUCGGCCUUCUGCGCCUUCCCCAGCCACGCCCAUUACAAGCAUGCCUUCCUUCAGUGUAUCCAUAAGCCUUCUCUGAAGUUCUCUUAUCUUUCUCCUUGGUAGAUCAAUCUCCAGCAUCAUUAGCUCUUUUCAGGUCUUCCUCUUUUCCCCAAUGCCCUUACCAGCAUCUUUUUUCCUUAUAUUCCUCGUCUUUCCUCCUGACACACCCAGACUUUCUAUCUCGCCUCCCUUCGUCAGUUUCCGCAGUGACGUAGGAGUGUAAUCCUGUGGGGAUGUCUAUUAAGUCUCCAGGGAAGCUGCUUAACUCAGCAACACCUCUAGUAGACUUGUACAGACUCCAUCCCAGCACCUCCACUGCCACCAGCCCCCAGCACAGCCUCAGCACAGCUCCAGCACUGCGCGUAUCACUCCGCACUCAUUUCACCCUACCAAGCUUUAGGCAGUGUAGAUGAUGAUGACUCGCAAAGCACACACACACAGCCUCCUCCCUCCAGACACCCUCCAGCCCUCACCACGCCCGCAGAACAAGUGGGACGCGGCAAGAACAUGAAAGGGCACCAAAAAUAAUCCCACCCCCCCCAUUUCUGCACCACGUGAUGCGUUCCCGAGGGCGGCUGUGGGCUGUCGGGUGUCAGGGUGGUGAGCAUAACUUCCCGGCUCGUCCUGGGUUGAGUCUCAGUGCGGGUCUGUCCGGCGGAAAGAGAGGGAGCGCCACAGGUAUCUUCUGGCGCGCCCUUCCCUCCCGCUCGCUCUACAACCCCUGCAACCCGGUCUCCUUAACUUUCCUCAGCGCCGUGCUAUCUGUCCCGCCCCUCUGCGCCGCCAUGUGGCGGCAAAGGAGGAGACUGGACGAGCCUGCCUUCAGUGUGUUGCUGCUGCUGCUCGUGCUGAUGCUGAUGAUGAUUGUGCCCUCAGGGGAGUGCCUCCGGUGCGUGAACUGCACGAGCCUCAAGGACCCUGAGUGUCUGGACGGCAUAGGUAUCGAGGAGGAGUGUGCCAGUGACCAGAACUACUGCGUUUCCUACACUGGUUACCUCAAGAAGGGCCAAGCUCAGGUACUGUUUCGGGCGUGCACGGAAACCAACAUGUCCCAUUUCUGCGGCAUUCACUUCGAGAAGCUCACCAACAACAGGGUGGAGCGCCUCAUAGCCUGCUACCGGACGUGCACCACUGACCUCUGCAACGUGCACAAGAUGGAGUACCUGACAGCCUCCUCCGCGUCCUACUACUCCUCUUCCAGCGUCUCUCCCGCGCACCUCCUCGCCCUCUUCGCUCUUCUUUCCGUUGCCGUAAAAGAAAUUCUCGUCGCGUGUUGAUUUUCGUUAUCCUAUCCCUUGUCCUUGUCCCGUUUUCAUGUUUGUUUUUUUGUUUUUCUACUUGGGGAGUUGAGGGGGUCUUUUCAUUGUUUUUUUGUUUACUUUUGGUGAUUUAUUUGCUUUUCCUUGUGUUCUUUCUUGUUUUCUUUGUUUUGUUUUGUUUUUUUGCCUUUUUCUUGCUUUGUUUUCUUUUGUCGUUAGUGUUUUUGCUCCUUUUUUUAUGUCUUUUGGUCUUUUCUUGAUUUGUUUUGUUUUGUUUGUUUUUUUCUUAUCUCAGUUUAGUUUUGUGAUUUUAAAUCCUUUUCUUGUUUCGUUCUGUUGUAGUGUUUUUUUUUUUCUUUUCUUUUUUUCUUCUUGUCCUUUUCCUUGUUUUAUUUUCCUUUGGUAGUUAUUUUUUUCCCUCUCCCGUUUUCUUGUUUCGUUUUCUCUGGAGGGAGGACUAUUUAUUAUUUUAUUUUUGUUGUUGUUGUUGUUGUUGUUGUUCUUUUUUUUGUGGGGUAGGAUAAGGUGGGUGAGGGAAUUGGUUUAUUACAACAGUAUAAUACAAUGUUGGUUUUACUAUUAUGUUUAUUUUCUUCCUUCCGUCCUUCGCUGUUUAUAUACUUCAUCUUCCAUUUUUGGUGUUCUUUUCCUUUUCUCUUCCUCUUCCUUUUUUUUUCUUUAAUUUUUCGUCUUUCAUUUAUAUUCUGCUAUUUCAUGUCCUCCUCCUCCUCCUCCUCCUCCUCCUCCUCCUCCUCC